AUGGUUUUCUCAGGUUCUUCUCAUUCUGAUCUUACUCAACGCAUUUGUGAACGUUUGCAGUUAGAUGUAUCGAAAGCAUCUUUGAAAAAAUUCAGUAAUAGAGAAACAAAUGUCGAAAUCGGCGAAAGUGUUCGUGGCGAAGAUGUUUAUAUUGUUCAAAGUGCGUGCGGUGAGAUUAAUGAUCAUAUUAUGGAGCUACUUAUCAUGAUUAAUGCAUGUAAAAUGGCUUCUUCUUCCCGUGUAACAGCUGUCAUUCCCUGUUUUCCUUAUGCGCGGCAAGAUAAAAAGGACAAAUCACGUGCACCAAUCACCGCCAAGCUAGUAGCAAAUAUCUUAUCAGUAGCUGGGGCUGAUCACAUAAUUACCAUGGAUCUGCAUGCUUCACAGAUUCAAGGAUUUUUCGAUAUUCCUGUAGAUAAUUUAUAUGCGGAACCUGCAAUCUUGAAAUAUAUCAAAGAAUCGAUCGCGAAUUGGCAAAAUGUAGUUAUUGUUUCUCCAGAUGCAGGAGGAGCAAAACGAGUAACAUCUAUCGCCGAUCGUUUAAAUGUUGAUUUUGCUUUGAUUCAUAAGGAAAGAAAACGUGCUAAUGAAGUUGAAAAAAUGACAUUAGUUGGAAACGUUAAAGAUAAGGUUGCAUUACUUGUUGACGAUAUGGCAGAUACAUGUGGCACAAUAUGUUUGGCCGCUGAAAAAUUAAUAGAAGCUGGAGCGAGUGCGGUUUACGCUUUCUGCGUGCAUGGUAUUUUCUCUGGUCCAGCUAUAGAACGUUUGAAUAAUUCAACUUUUGAAGCUGUUGUAGUUACGAAUACCAUACCUCAAGAAGAAAACAUGAAGAAAUGCUCUAAGAUACAGUGCAUUGAUGUUUCGAUGAUUCUUGCUGAAGCAAUUAGGCGAACCCAUAAUGGCGAAUCAGUUUCUUAUCUUUUUUCUCAUGUUCCUUUAUAA